UAGUACCAGUGCACUGAAGGACCGCGAUCCGGCUCGCGUGCCAUGGAAGAAACUAUGCACAACUCAUCGGAGCCGAAGGGUCGACAGGCAGCUGCCCGCGCCGAUUCAGUGCGGUCGCUGUCGUGCUACAGCGUCGACGAGAAUGUUCUCGAGGUGCUUUGGGACGAGGACAUCCACAUGGAGGAGCUACUCGAGUUCUCGUUCGACCACAUCGACCAGCUCGCAGAACGCAGGGGAAAGACGAUCGCAAGCACUGAAAAAUGUCGUCUCUGGGAUUACGUGCAGCGGAUGAGGUGCGAGCAGCCCUACUGGGUAACCAAGGAGUCGGUGCCCUGGGACGAAGUAGAGGCCAAGUACUCUCUGCGAAGUCGGUCUCUGUCGUCCGGCUCCUUCCAUUCUCACCUGGAGUUCUCGGGGAUUGGCCUUGCCACGCCCCCGCCAAUGCUCUACUCGCUGAGAAAACCCCUGCCAGCGGCUUCUCGUGGUACAGCCGCCGAUGAGGACUCCUCGCAGCCACCCGACGAGCUGAAGUGCGAGCCGGACCAACGUUUCACGAUGUCCGAGCAGUGGGACGUCGGUUCGCCGCACCGGGGUCUUGUUUCGGCAACAUGCCCCAAGAAAAAGCAAGGCUGGCAGCGACUCCUGGGGAAGGUUUUUCAUCCGAAACACAAGGCCUCUGCGAAAGACCACAGCAUUGGAGAGUUCCACUCCUUCCUCGCAGGUGUCGCCAGCUCCUCCAGCCCUUGUUCGGUGAGCCACGAAGAGGGAUCACCGUCUCCACUGAAGAGGUCUGAGAAGGAACGUCCGACAGGAUUCCUCCGACGGUCUCUGCGUAGGGUGGCCAUGGCUACGCGCAAACAUGAUUCGCGCGACGAUGGGAAGACCGAUGUUUAGUGCAUGUCGUAACUAAUUUAUUUUACUUUAUUUUAGUUUUGACGAGUUUAUCGCUUACUCUUGGCGAAUAAAUGAAUAAUGUCCCCGCUAUAC